AUGGAUGCGUUCAAUACAGCUGCCUUAUGUUGCGAAGUCAUCUGGAAGACUGUGGAAGCCGCCGCCGCGUUCGGGAGGGAGUCUCAAUCACUGGUCGCUCGUUUCAAGUACGAUGCCCGCAUUCUUCAGCACUUUCACGACUACUUCGCACAACAACGAGCCACGGGCCUCGGAUUAAGCCCAGAGGAUGAACAGAUCCUAGAGGACAGCAUUUCUUACCUCGGGCCGCUGUUGAAGAGCGCGGAAUUGUGCAAGACCAAGCUUGAGGCUCAGAGUCGCUGGUCCAGGGAAUUCAACAGGCUUACUUGGUCUCUGCGGCGAAAUGAAGUGCAAGAACUUGAAAAGGAGCUUUAUGAAUGGGCGAGGAGACUCGACCUCCGGUUAAUUGCGCUACCUGAACGGGCGCGAGCUGUAAUGCUUGUGGGGGAGUCACAGGAGACAAUGACCCCAAACGUGGCCACCAGGACGCGGAUCGAGCGGUUUGCAGCGAAAGCUGCUUCUGCAAAGAAGGCCGUUUGGGGUCCCCUUCUAGUGACACCUGAUCAUGUCCAGACUAUGAGCCGCCGGCAAGAGUCGCGUUUCUCUUUAGGGGUUCUCCACGGGCGAAACAUCCUACUGGAAUUCCGGUCGCAAAUGGAACAUCUAGAGGCCAUUUCCUUGGAACAUCAAAAGGCCGAGCUGGGUGAAUUCGUGGCAGCGCUCAAUUAUCUGGACUCGACAACCACCGGCCUCUUGCGGUGCCUGGGGUUCUAUUAUAACUCGAUACCCUCGCCACAUUUUGGUCUUAUCUACCAAUUGCCUAUCGACCGUGAUGAGAACUUCAUAUCCUUCAAAGCGCUUCUGGAUCUCCGUGACCCACAUGGGCGGCGGAUGAAGCUCAAGUAUUCCCUCAAUGAACGGUUGGAAUUCGCGCGAAAAUUAGCCACUGCCAUCUUCUUCGUUCACACUCUAGGUUGGGUUCACAAGGCAAUUCGGUCUCAGAAUAUUGUUCUUUUGGGAAAGUACCCUCCAAGGGAGCAACAAGAUGAUGGGCGAGGCCCGAUGAAAUACACCCUGGGAUCUCCUGCCCUAGUAGGAUUUGAGAUAGCCCGUACAAGCGAGGGUGACACUGAUCCUGGCCGCCGUAGGCGUAUGCCGCUAGAGAUAGGGGUUUAUGUACACCCUGACCUGCAGCAGCCCUCCGCUCAUGUACGGCACAGCAUGUGUCAUGAUAUCUACAGCCUUGGUGUCAUUCUACUGGAGGUGGGUAUAUGGUCCAGUUUGGAGAAACUGCCACAGCUUCACCCAGACAUGAAUCCCACGGAAAUCAGUCAGGCACUACGAAAAGUGGCUCGUGAGACGGAGUUAAUGAUGGGGCGGCGGUACCGCCAGACCGUUGAAUGGUGUUUGAAUCAAGAGCACGUUGAAGAUACUGGGAGCGUUAGAUUAAUAUCCGAGGUACUCGAGAAACUGGAAGACCUCGCAGAAUCUGUAUGA